GUAAUUGCACCCCUGCCCUGCACUGCCCUCACCCCAGCCGACCGCCCAACCAUCUAUCUUCUGUACUUUGGCUGUCAUCCAUUCCCUCCCUCCACGUAUAAAAUCCCCCGUUGUUUCCCCUUCUUCCAAUCGAGAAAAAAAGAGAGUUAUUAAGAUUUACGAGAUUCAAAUCAGAGAUUUUGACCCCAAUAUUAAUGAUGGCCGGGACAAAGGGUAGCUCCGCCGCCGAGUUCGAAGAUCUGUUGCCGAUGAUGGCGGGCAAGCUGGGCGGGGAGGGGCUGAUAAGAGAGCUGUGCAAUGGAUUUAGCCUGUUGAUGGAUAAAGAAAGAGGGGUGAUUACGUUCGAGAGCUUGAAGAGGACCUCGUCGCUGCUGGGGUUGCAGGAUUUGACGGACGACCAGCUGAGGAGCAUGGUGAGAGAGGGCGAUAUCGACGGCGACGGCGCGCUCAACGAGAUGGAGUUCUGCGUUCUGAUGUUCAGAUUGAGCCCCGAGUUGAUGGAAGGCUCCGAGGCGUGGCUCGAGUGGGCUCUGCAACAGGAGCUCGAGAGGUGAUUUUGACGGUAGGGAGGAAGAACAGUUCGACUCAACGGGCGUCGUUGGAGGUGCCUCUGUGGAGAAUAAACUUUUCUUUUUCCGGGGGAGAAAACGCAGAACAUGCUUUUGAAGUGAACGGAGAAAGAGAAAAUUUGGGUGCUUAAUUGAUUUGAUUGUACUUGUAUACAGAUCAUCCCGCAAUAACAUUUCUGAUCUGGGAUUUUGAUUGA